AUGAACAGACUAGCGCCUUUAUUUUUCCAAGUUUCUAAAACACUAUUCAAACGUAGGAUCCAUUUGAACAAUCGAAUAUUAAACAAAUGUGAAGGGGAAGGAGACGUACAGAUUGGUAAUCCAUUCUGUCUGAAACCAAUAGAGUAUGAAGCUCGUACAUUACGUAAGCACGACAAUGAUCGGCGACAAAGGCUCUACGAGUUCGGCUUAUAUGUAGCUGCCUGUAUGCCCAAGUACGUGCAAAAAAUUCAAAUGCAGCAUACCGAUGAACUAGAAAUACUUAUCGCUCCGGAAGGAUUCCACCCAGUCCUAAGCUUUCUUAAACUUCACCAUAACGCUUGCUUCAGUACAGUAUCAGCUGCAACUGCUAUAGAUGUGCCUAGUAGAGAAUUUCGAUUUGAAGUAGCCUACACUGUUCGUAGUCUGAGAUUCGCAGAAUUUGUUAGAGUUAAGACGUACACAGAUGAGCUUACACCUCUAGAAUCUGCGUAUUCAUUGUGGCAUGGUGUAAAUUGGUUUGAAAGAGAAAUAUAUGAUAUGUUUGGCAUAAUAUUCAUAAAUCACCCGGAUCUUCGAAGAAUUUUGACCGAUUACGGGUUUCAAGGGCAUCCUCUGAGGAAAGACUUUCCUUUAACUGGUUAUAUUGAGGUUCGCUAUGAUGAUGAACUUAAAAAGCUAGUCUAUGAACCAGUCGAGUAUGCGCAAGAAUUCCGAAAAUAUCAAUUAGAAUCGCCUUGGAAUUAUAUGAAAAACUUUCACGAGGGUUAUAAUGAUGAAAAACCUGCGAAACAAAAAAAUAAGUGAUAAAUGUAAUAAUACAGGGAUAACAUAACCAUGAUUAAUAUUUACAGAAAAACUUAAGAUCUUAUCACGAAAUAAAAAUUAUUCUAAAAUUAAAAAAAAUCUUGCUGUUGCGGUCGCUAAUCUGUUGAGAACACCCAGAGCAAUCCCCAUAUAGUACGCAAAUGUAUAGAAUAUAAUUGCACUAGGUAGUUACAUUAAUCUUCAAGGGACCCAUGGUCUAAUUGGAUAUUUGAUUUAGAGUGCAAUAUCAUUCACUCGCAUUUCUAUAAUAUGUAAAAAGGCAUAUAUGGAUUGUGUGGUUUAGACAAAUAGUGCAUUUGACAUUGUAUGGAAAAUUCCACGGUUUGUAGCAAUUGACUGCCGUUAAUAGAGUUGUCGAUAACAUUAUUUAUAAAGGUACAUUAUUAACUUCCAAGGGCUGGAUAUUUUAAAAUAUUUGCUAUAAAUUUAAUA